GAAACUGGUUAGCAACCACCAAAAAACACCCAGAAGAAGAAGAAGGUCAGAGUUCACCCGGAAGUGACCCUCGUGUGUUUCAGCAGAGAGGAGAUCACUGAACAGAAGAGAAGAGAGGAAACAGCCUCGUUUCAGAGGAGACAGCUCACUGAACCAGUUGCCAUGUCCUCCUACACCUGCAUCAGCUGCCGAGUUGCUUUCGCAGAUGGCGAGGUGCAGCGAGCGCACUACAAAACUGACUGGCACCGCUACAACCUGAAGCGCAAGGUGGCCGACAUGCCACCGGUCACUGCUGAAAACUUCCAGGAGCGCGUCCUGGCACAGCGGGCAGCCGCCGAACAGCAGCUGAGCGACACAGCGGCCACUGAGGGCUGCGCCGUCUGCAGCAAGAAGUUCUCCAGCGCCAACGCCUACCAGAACCACCUGCAGUCCCACAAACACCAGCAGGCUGAGAAGCAGGCCCUGCUCGCCGCCCAGAGGAAAGUGGAGAAGAUGAACGAGAAGAACCUGGAGAAAGGACUCGGCGAUGAGAAGGUGGAUCACGACGCUAAGAACGAGGCCCUGCAGCAGGCCCUGAAAGAGCAGCAGAGGCCGAGCCCGGCCCAGCAAGGGACGUCACAGGGAGCGACGAGGCAGAAGGCGGAGAAGCUGGAGAAACCGCCCAGGAUGAUGUGGCUGGAGGAGCAAGCCAAGAGGCGAGAGAAAGAAGAGGGAGCCACAGCUGUGGAAGAAGAGUGGGAGGACGUUGACGAGGAGGAAGAUGACGAUGAAAUGGAGCAGGUGGAGGAGGAGGAGGAGGAUGAAGAUGAAGAUGAGACGAUGGACCAAGAGGAAGGGGACUCGGCGGCCGCGUCUGACCCCCAGCCCGCUGCUCUGCCCGGUUCCAUCCCCGUCACCGACUGCCUGUUCUGCUCCCACCACUCCAAGUCACUCAUGAAGAACGUCGCCCACAUGACCAAAGCCCACAGCUUCUUCAUCCCCGACGUGGAGUUCCUCGUCGACGUCAAGGGCCUCGUCCGCUACCUCGGAGAGAAAAUCGGUGCCGGAAACGUGUGUUUAUGGUGUAACGAGAAGGGCCGAUCGUUCUACUCGGCAGAAGCAGUACAGCAUCACAUGACCGACAAAAGCCACUGUAAACUCUUCACAGACGGAGACGCUGCGCUGGAGUUUGCAGACUUCUACGACUUCAGGAGCAGCUACCCAGACAGGAAGGAGGGGGAGGAUGCUGAAAUGGACGAAGAAGAGCUGCCUGAUGACAAGAGCCUGGAGUACGAUGACGAAAUGCUGGAGCUGACUCUCCCUUCAGGUGCAAAGAUCGGCCACCGCUCCCUCAUGAGGUACUACAAACAGCGGUUCGGAACUCAGAGAGCGGUGGCGCUGACCCACAACAGGAACGCUGUUGGCAGAGUCCUCCGGCAGUACAAAGCUCUGGGCUGGGGAGAAGUGGCAGGCAACGGCUCCUUCUAUCAGAAACCGAAAGACAUGCAGUACGUACAGAUGAUGAAGUCAAAGUGGAUGCUGAAGAUGGGCAUGAGCCACAACUCCACCAAGCAGAAGCACUUCAGAGCCCAAGUGAUGUUCUAGACUGUCUGGAGGGAACCCGACGUGGUGCAAAACGUGGCGUGGACUGCUGCAUUUUAAAACUGAAGAUCUUUGCUAUUUUCCAGCCAACAAGACUUUCAGUACAGAAUCGAGUACAGCUGCAAAGAUGUUGGUUUGUGGCACGGUGGCAGGAAGAAAUAUCAAACAUGUGGAUCAUGUAUCAUAUCACAUCUGUAACGCUGUAUUGUGUUUGAAGGAAAUGCAGACAUGUUGAUAUGUUUGAUAACUGCAACAAAAACUGGUAACACUUUAUAAUAACCAUCAUUUAUAAAUGGUAAAUUGAUAGUUAAUUAAACUUAGUUAAUAGUUAUUUUACUGUUAACAAUGAUUAGUAAUGCUAUGAUUUAUUAGUAUAUUAUUAGUUAUUUUAUGAAAUAAUUGUAUAAAUUAUAUAUUGCAUCGUAGCUGAUUGGAGACGAUGACAAUUACAUUCUGAUUACAUUAGUUAAGUACUUAUCAACAGUUUAUUGUUGCACACAUUAUAACAUUUUAUAUACUAUAUUAAGUAUUCAUUAAUGAUUACCAGAUGAUUUGUAAACCCUUU